AUGCCGCCGCCCAAGGACGUGGUGAAGAUCGCCAUCCAGAUGGUGGGAGCCAUCCCGCAGCUCAUCGAGCUCCAGCAGACCAAGCCCCUCGCCUCGGUGCUCAAGGACGUCUGCGACGCGUGGAGCCUGCCCAAUGCUGAGCGCUACGCCCUGCAAUACGUGGACGGGCGGCAGACCUACAUCACCGAGUCGAACCGCGGGGAGAUUAAGAAUGGGAGCAUUUUACGGCUGACCACCUCCCCGGACCAAGAAGCAGAGCGGUUGUACAGCGGGAUCCAGAGCAACAACUCGGAUGUGAAGACUGACUCGCUGAAGAAGCUUGCAAGCCUCUCCCAAGACGUUACCUUUGCUCAGGAGUUCAUCAACAGGAAUGGCUUGAAACAAAUCUUCUAUAUUGUGGAAGAAGGGAACGAUACAGGGGAGAUGCUAGCUCACACCCUGAAGGCCUUCAUGGAGCUGAUGGAGCAUGAUUUUGUUUCCUGGGAGACUCUUAGUGCAGCCUUCAUCAAGAAGAUAGUGAGUUACGUCAAUAUGAAUGCGGUGGAUGCAUCUGUCCAGCAGCUCUCCUUGUCUAUCUUGGAGAACAUGGUGCCUACCAGUCGCCUCCUCUUUGAGCUAGUUAAAAAAGAAGUGACGCUGGAUCGUCUUCUCACGCACCUGCAGGUGACAAACGCCCAGCUGCAGCUGAAGGCGAUGGCCCUGCUCAUUGCGCUGCUGCUGGCUGCGACCGACGCUGAGCGGCGGGACAUGAUGGACUACCUGAGGGAGAAGAACAUCAGGCAGUUUAUCCACAAGAACAUCAUCCACAGCUCCGAGCCGCUGGGGGACGAGAUGGCCCAUUACCUGUACGUGCUGCAGUCUGUCAGCCUCAACCUGUGCGAGCGCCGCAUGAGGACCUCCAUGGAUCCCUACUCACAGGAACAGCGGGAGCUCCUCCAGUCGCUGCGCCAAACCGCCUUUGAGUCGGAGAGCGAGGCACCUGCCAGCAACUUCAGCACCGAGCGCCGGCGAUCCCUGUGUGCCAAGGAGUUCCGCAAGCUGGGCUUCAUGAACAACAGCAACCCAGCGGAGGACCUCCGCCGUGCCCCGCCGGGACUCCUUGCCCUCGACAACAUGGUGUAUUUCUCCAGGCACACUCCCAACGCCUACAGCAGGUUUGUCCUCGAGAACAGCAGCCGGGAAGACAAACACGAAUGCCCCUUCGCUCGAAGCAGCAUCCAGCUCACCCUGAUCCUCUGCGAGAUCCUGCACGUUGGAGAGCCGUGCUCGGAGACGGCUCAGGCCUUUUACCCUAUGUUCUUCGGGCAGGAUCAUUUCUUUGAAGAGCUCUUCUGCAUCUGCAUCCAGCUGGUGAACAAGACCUGGAAGGAGAUGCGCGCUACCCAGGAGGACUUUGAUAAGGUGCUGCAGGUGGUGCGGGAGCAGAUCACCAGGACCCUGUCCCUCAAGCCCACCUCCCUGGAGUUAUUCAAGACCAGAGUGAACGCACUGAACUACAGCGAGAUCCUGAAGCUGCGGCAGACGGAGCGGCUGCACCAGGAGGAGACGCUGGCUGUGCCCGUGCUGGAGUUGCGCGAGAGGCUGAAGCCGGAGCUCCUGGAGCUGAUCCGACAGCAACGCCUGCUGCACCUCUGCGAGGGCACCCUCUUCCGCAAGAUCAGCAGCCGCCGCAGGCAGGACAAGCUCUGGUACUGCCGCCUGUCACCCAACCACAAGGUGCUGCACUACGGGGACGUGGAGGAAGGGGUGCACUCUCCCCCCAUCGAGAGCCUGCCAGAGAAAAUUCCUGUGGCAGACAUGAAGAUGCUGCUCGUGGGGAAGGAGUGUCCACACACGAAGGAGAAGAGCUCCGGGAAGCAGAACAAGGACGUCCUGGAGCUGGCCUUCUCCAUCGUGUACGACGUGGAGGAAUACUGCCUCAACUUCGUUGCCCCCACCCGAUACGAGUUCUGCCUCUGGACGGAUGGGCUGAACGUGCUCCUGGGCAAGGAGAUGACGAGCGAGCGAAUGCAGACGGACCUCGAUGUCCUGCUGUCCAUGGAGCUCAAGCUGCGGCUCCUGGACCUGGAGAACAUCAGCAUCCCCGACACCCCCCCUCCUGUCCCAAAGCCCCCCAGCAACUUAAACUUCUGCUACGACUUCAGCCACACAGAGCAGUGAGUUCCUCCCUGUCCCCGUCCCUCCCCAUGCCCCCCCCCAAAUCAAACCCCUUCCUCCAGGCUCUGUCCUCCAUCUCCUGCCCAAAGGGACGAGCCCAGGCGCUGGCUGGGGGCUUGGGCAUGUGCUGCCUGCACCUUGCCCAUCCCGGGGUGAACUGCCCACCCUUCCCUGCCCGUGACCUGCCCUCCUGCGAGAGCACGGGGAUGAGCCACCGAGCGUCAGGCUCCUGUUCGAGGUGGGGUGACCCGGCUGCUUUGCUCCCCCGCCAUGGGCAGGCAAGACAAAAUACUUUUCAGACAGCCGAACCCCUCUGUGGUGGCACUGCCCUCCCCACACUGCAGCCAGGCUUUGGGCAGAGAGGGCAAGGAUGCGGGCAGGAAUAGAGGUACAGGCAGCCCUGGGACAGCUGGAGGGGGCGGGCAGCACUACAAAGGUACGAAUCUGCACUGCCUGACUCUCCCCGUCAGCGUAGGGCAUCCUUUCUGGCCAAGAAAGGGGUUAGAAAAAGGAUAAAACACCCUUUCCGCUUAGUUUGGUGAGCAGACGGCAUCUCCAGAGCACGGUGUGCCGGCCCAGCCAGGCCCGUGCCGCACUGAAACGUUUUUCUCCUGCGCCCUGUGCGCUCCCACUCCUGGAAGGGGGGUGUUUAGGGUACAAGCCCCCUCUCCCAGCGCCAUUUCAGCUGGGCAGAGGCUCGCUGCCGCCAUGCCAGGCGCGAGGAAGAGACCUCGCUCUGCCCUUCGCUGCCCUCGUGCCAAUCCUGGUGCCUUCCCCCCGCCCCGGGCGGAUACUUGCACACUUCAGCCAUGCUGCUGCACUACUGCACCACGACAAGCUACCUCCUCCCCGGCCCCCACGGCUCCCGCCCCGGUGCCCCGCACCUCUUCGUGCCCGCAGCUUCUCCCUAGGGUGUUGCGGUAACAACUGCAGCCGCAGGUCGCCGGGGUUCCGACCGUGCCUCCACCUCCCGGGUAGUGGGACAAUAAAAACACUUGCGGAGAACU